AUGUGGGCUCAGGAUCCUAUCAAUUUAGACAAUCCUAUCAAUUCAACACCUAUCAAUUUAGACUAUCCCGAUAAAACUAACUUUCCAUUGAAAGGUGGCGCUGCCAGCAGCUCGGGCAUAUCGGUUUCAACUCAGGCGGACAUAGCACAUUCAGCGAAAGGUUACGAAUCAGAGGAUGAAAACGCGGGCAGAAAGUGGCAGAAGGCCAACGACGACCGGCCAGCCAGCAAGACCACCAUGUACUCUAAACAGGAGUUCAGAGAGCAGUACUGCAUCAACAACAAACAGCUGGAUCUGCUGGAAUUGGAGAAGUCCAAGAAGGACAGAUUCCUCGGAUGUCUCUCCCAAUACCACAUCGAGAGCCCCUGCUCACGAUCCAACAGAGCAUCGUUCCUAUCCGUGUGUGUCCGUCGUCGGGUACCCUCAGAUGAGAACCUUAACACCGACUAUGCACCGAUACAGCGGUAUCCCAGAAGGUUUGGCCAACCCACCCCGGUACCAGCGGAGCUAUGCGCCUAUGAUGCCGACUUGGAUUGUUCGUACUUCCGGCGCCGUCCACGGUCGGUGUGCAGCCAACCUGACCCCAAACGCUACACUUGGAUGCCAGAGGAUGAAGACUUCACCCGGAUGGAGUGGCCACAAUCGGUAAUAGAAGAUAACGCGGGUUGGCCCCAAAAUUAUAAUGUGGACCAAAUCGCGUCAGUCACUCGUGGUGGAUCCUUGCCGAGGCCACCUUCAAUAAUUCCUUGUCCCGCCCACACGCCGAUACCGCCUCCACCCCCGCCCCCGCCGCUCACAAUUCCCCCGCACAGGUAA